AGAAAGAGAGUGGUGGUGCCAGGGGCUAUCUGAAGGAGUGGGAAGGAGGCAGAUUACUGUGGGCCUUGGGCUUUGAGUAAAAUGGGAGCCACUACAGGGUUUGCAGCAGAGGAAUUACAUGAUUUAAGUUUUAAAACAAUUUUAGAGGAAGCAGAUAAUUGAUAGAAGGCUCUGGGAUCAAGAAAUGUCCCCCAGUUCUGCCCUCUUGGUCCCCACUGGCAAUGCUGGUACAGUCCUUAUCACCUCUCUCCUAGAUUUUGGCCAAAGUCUGCUGGCUUGUCCCUCAGCCUCCUGUUCCUCUGUCUCUGAGAAAUGCCUCCAAGCCCUUCUCCAGUUUAGUAACCUCUGGCCACAAGAAUGGUUUAUCCCUGCCAAAAUUCUAGCCUUCCUGACUAGGGAGGUCUGGCCUUUUAAAAUUUAUUUCUUUUUAGGGCAGCCUUUGUGACACAUGGAAGUUCUCAGGCUAGGGGGUGAAUUGGAGCUGCAGCUGCUGGCCUAUGCCAAGGGAGGUCUGGCUUUGUCUGCAUGUCCCUCUCUGGGGGCAGGUGUCAGUGUGGACAAGGCGGUGCAUGUGGGUCCUGGCUUCACCAGCACUGACUUCCAGAAGCCAAUUUUUGGGGGUCACAUUUCAGAGCUUCUGAAAUACAUUUAAUUUCUGUCAUAUGAAUUAUAUAUAUCUUACCCAUUGUAGAAGCAAUACAGAAUUGUCUAAAGUGGGCUCCCUCCCUCUUCCAAGAAGAAAGCAAGAAACCAUGUGUUUGUUUUCCACAUUAUGUUUUCCUUUGUCUAUACAAAAAUAAUCCAACAUAGAAUUUAAAGAAUGGAUUACACUGUGCCCAAAAUUCUGCAUGUCACCUCUUCAUUUUUCUGCCAUGGACAUUUUCCCUGGUCAAGAAGACAGAUGGACUCCAUAUUCUCUGCGACAUGCGUUACUGUUCCUCACCGUGUGCCCCUCCCCGGCAGGGACAUUCAGGUGGUUUCCCACUUGUGUAAUAACAUCGCCAGCACAUACCUCUGCCCCCAGAAGGAACUGUGUUAGCAUGCAAAGUUAAACAUAGCACAUCGGCUAAUGUGAAAAAUGAAAGCAAAAUAAAACCAGUUGGAAGGUGGCAGAAAACCAUGUCCGAAAACACCGCCAGUUUACUCGCCUCAUCUGCAGUAGCCAAGCGCUGCCUUAACCGGAACCUCUGGGGGCUCCUUUUCUCUGCGUGCCCCUGCCCCGGGGUCAGGGCCCUGGAGGGCCGUCGUGUCCCCGCCGCAUGGCCUCGGGGGAGGGAACGGGUCCUCCUGCACCCGAUCUCCGCGCGUCCAGGCUCGCGUGGCUACUGCGCGGCUCCCUGAGCCCUGAUCUCCCACUUGCAGGAGUUCCGGCUACCAUUGGCCGCCAGGGGGCGCCCCAUGCCAGGCUGAGUGACCUCCUCUGUCCCAGGAGAGAGAAGGCUCCGCAGACGCCAGGCCAGAGGUGGCGCCGGGCGGGGCGGGGCAGCUCCCAGAAGCGCCAGCCCAAGCGCUUCUUCCCGGAAAUUGGAUUCCGCCCGCGCGCCGGCUACGCUCGGCGUUCAGCCUCUCUGCCCCCCUGACCUGGGAUUGCCCAGGAGCGCUCCGCCCGCCGCGGCACAAACCCGGGCGUUAGUGGAGUCGUUGCCAUCCGGCCGCCACCCGCCCUCUCCGGAUGACACCAUCACUGCUCAACCAGAGGACUCGUCUUCACUGCCUAUCCCCGCGGCUCCGUAUUGUGCUCUCUCCGCCCUCUUUUUGUUGCAUCUGUGGAACUCAAAGGGAGAAGCUGCCAGCGGGAGGCUAGAACCCUUCGUGCCUUCCCCUCCUUGUCUCCUCUCUGGACGCUGAGCUCCCACCUAGUAUCAGGGCCAGAAAGAUAGCCCUUCCCGGAGGGAGGGCAGGAGGAGGUUCCCACAGUCCGGGUCAAGGAAACUGAGGGAACCAGGAUGCUGAGUGGCGGGAGUUGCUGAAAGGUCUGGGGUGGGGAGGAGAGAGAAGAGGGCAGGUGGGGGUCUCUGCGUGGAGGCUCUAAGGUCUGGUUCACAUGGGGACAAGCCAGUCAGACCUGGGGGAGGGACAGCCUGGUCCUCCGCACUCCUUUUUGACCCCAUGGGCUUAAAGGUCACUGGACCCGCUUAAUCCUUACUGUCUUGCACCUUGAAGAGGGAGAAGGGGGCCAUUCACACCUUGGUUCCAUCACUCCUGGGUGCUUGAUCCACCUUUAGUCCUUGUGGGGAGGGAAGGGGACAUGAAGGUCACCAGCCCAGCCAGGCCACAGUUUGUUUCUUUUCGCCUGGUAUGGCUACAAGCCAUCAAAAGAGUCAUAAUAUUUGAAAAUUGGAUGGAGUUGCAGGGUGGCAGUGGACUGGGGAGCCAUUGGCAAGUCACUUACCUUCUCUGAACCCCAGUUUCCUUGUCUGAGCAGGAGGGCAGCUGGGAGUAGCUCUGAGCACCUGUUAGAGCAGGCUUUGGGUCUCAGCAUGAGUAGCACCUACCCAUCCACAUGGCCAAAGAGAUGUGGGUUCCUUCCAAGCAGAAAGCACCACCCAACUCUGUCCAGGGUGCGUCACGUUCAGGGCAUGGAGGGGAUAGAGUAGACACACUUGCCUUUGUUGUUUGAGGUACUCUUCGGAUACUUCUGAUAACCAAGACUGACCCCAAAUGGAGGGUUCAUCUGCCAGCACAGCUUUAGAACCUCAUCAUAGGGAAGAGGGAGAGGAUGCCUGCUUCCUUCGUGUCCUUGAAUUUCAUGAUCAAACCCCUUUACUGUCCCUACUGAUUCCAUUUUGUUUUCUUCCUUGGCUAUAACACAGAGAGCAGGAAAGCUCUUUUCUCCUCCAAGGCAAGUAUAGAAGCAUUACUGCAAUAGCCCAAGGUCCUGGAAAAGAGGAAGGUUGGCAAUGAUGGAGCAGGUAGAGCGUGAGGCCAAGCAGCUUGGAAGCUCCUGGCUGGCUCCUCUGGCCUGUUUGACGUUGGCUCACAAGGCGUGGAAUUAAUAAGCAAAGCUGCCUCCUCCUCCUCUUACCUGCAGAGGAGAGAUCAGUUCCCAGUUGGCCGGGGCAGUGUCAUCGAUACAGCUGGUGUCAUCGUUACCUUCCACUAACAGAUCACUUGACACCUGCUGGGCAAGGCUGAACCUGGGCAUUGCCCUGUGGAGCUGGAGGCUUUGGCCCUCCCAUUGUCCCAGAGCCCAAGGGAGGUCAAGACACAGGCUCUGCUGGGAUGUGAUGAUUGGUGACCCAGCAGAAGGACUAGACUGUGUUCAGUGCCGGAUCCCUGUUGCAGAUCCCAGCUGCUUCUGCUUCCUGGUCCCUGUUCUGUCCCGGGUGGAAGAGAUGAGUUCAUUGCUGGCUGGGAGCUGAAGUAGUGAUGAUGCUGUGUGGAGAAGGGGCUCUGGGAGUGGCCCUGGCGUGAGGAGCUGGGGUGAGGAGUGGCCUGGGGUGUCCCACCUGGUGUGUGCCUCUCAAGUGGCGUGAUGCUGCAGCAGAUCCUGCGUGAUAUGUACAUCGACCCUGAGCUGCUUGCCGAGCUCAGUGAUGUGCAGAAGCACAUCCUUUUCUACAAAAUGCGAGAGGAGCAGCUGAGACGCUGGAGGGAGCGCGAAGCUUGGGAAGCCCUGGCAGAGGUUGAAGGUCUUCGCCCCCCCAAGGCCAAGCGAGCAAGUGACAAGCACAUCCAGUGGCUCCUGGGGGCAGAUGGUGAGGUCUGGGUCUGGAUCAUGGGAGAAGGCCCUGGCGACAAGCCCUAUGAAGAGAUCUCUGAGGAGCUGAUUGCAGAGAGAGCGCGUCUGCAGGCGCAGAGGGAGGCCAAGGAGCUCUGGAGACAGAAGGAAGCAGAGAUCACCAAGAAAUUCCGGGAUGCUCUGGCCAAUGAGAAAGCCCGGAUCCUAGCGGGGAAGUGGAAAGUGGAGAUGGAAGACCGCAAGGCUGCCAAAGUCCUGGAGGAGCGCAUCCACGAGGAAUUCAGGAGGAAAGAGGAAGAAGAGAGGAAGCGGGGAGAAGAGCUAAUUCGCCUCCAGGAAGAGCAGAGGGCAAAGGAACUCUACUGGACCCUGAAGCAGGCCCAGCUGCAGAGCCAGGCGAGCGAGAAGGAGGAGCGGGAGUGGGAAGAACAGUUGCGUCGGUCCAAGGAAGCUGAUGAAGAGAGGAGCCGCCGAGCCCAGCAUGCCCGGGAUGAAUACCGGCGCCACUCACUCCGUGCCAUCCAGAAGGGCACGGUCGCCGGCCUCAGCUCCAGGUUUCGAGAGCUUGGCCAGAGCCCAGAGCAGGAGGCGAGACUCUGCCACCACCUCCCAGGCCAGGGGCCGCCUCCACCCCUGGCCAUGCCUGGCAGAUCUUGGGAGCGCCCCCUGCGUCCUGUCUCCAGGGAAGUCAUAGUCCGCUGGUUUAAGGAGGAGCAGCUGCCUCGAGGAGCUGGCUUUGAGAGGAACACCAAGUCCAUCGCCUCCUGGUUCCAUGGAAUUAUCAGCCGAGAAGAUGCAGAAGAUCUCCUUGAGAAUAUGGCAGAGGGUGCGUUUCUGGUCCGAGUCAGUGAGAAAAUCUGGGGUUACACUCUCUCCUAUCGCCUGCAGAAAGGCUUCAAGCAUUUUCUUGUGGAUGCCUCUGGGGAUUUUUACAGCUUCCUGGGAGUGGACCCCAAUCGCCAUGCAACACUCACGGAUCUCAUUGAUUUCCACAAGGAGGAAAUUAUCACUGUUUCAGGGGGAGAGUUGCUGCAGGAACCCUGUGGACAGAGGGACAGCCCGCCAGACUACCAUCUCUUGUUUGAAUGAUUCCCCCUCUCAUCAGUUGGACUCCCCUGGGCAUCCUUUUUUUGGACUCAAGAACUUCUCAGCUCAAGGCCUAAUGGCCUUUUGGAAGAUCCACCACCAUCCAGAGGGACAAAUAGAUUAGUAUAUUUCAAAGGAUAUGAAAUAUAUGGUGUAUGUGCUGGUGGUUCCUGACCCAGUGCCCAGGAUAGAAAUUGCUAAUAGCUGAUGCAAUUCUUUCCCGAAAAAUUUAGAUAUGGCCUCAGAAGAUGAAGCCUUUUAGUCAUAGCUGCCCUAAACUGAGCCCCUAGAGUACAGGGAUCAUGUUUUAAUAAUCCAAAUAAUUCCAGUGCCGAACUCCGAAUUUAACGUAGGGCAGACAUUCAAUACAUGUUUGUUGAAUGAAUGCACUGCUUCUAAAAGUUUUCCGACACCAGUCAGCAAUGAUUUCUAGUAAGUUAUUUUCUACCUGUCAUUGUAUAUAAAGUCGUGGAGAUUAGAGAAGAAGUAUUGUAAAGGAUUUAUAUAGAAGGCACGGAUACUGAAUUUUAAAUGAUAUUCAUGAUCACUCUCGUUGAUAUUAUCAUUGGAAUUACCUAAGGCUUCUGAGCUCCAGCUUCCAGAACGGAUGACUGAUACUGCCCUGCCUUUGUAUUUACCUCUUCUUCUGCCAUCCCUCCUCUGUCUUGGAAUCAUCUCUUGGCCCUGGUUUUGCAAUACUGAGGCAGUGGUUCCAUGUAUCCCUACAGAUGUGCCUGAACCCCAGGGGGAAUUAUAAAUCCAAGAAUUGUUUGUAGACAUCCAAAACGGCCUUUGCUUUCCAGUACUGGCCCUCCUUAUGUGGGCUACUCAGAUGAUUACCUCUCCCUGCCGAGUCCUUUUGAUUUUGAUUCUACUGUCCUUUUAGACUGAAUAUGUUCUUCAUAUUAACAAGAAGUAAGCCCUCGGUAACUUUCAGUGAUGGUGUCUAUUUGUGCAUACCCUUGUUUCACAUUUAUGGAGAUCUAUAUGGCAUGUUCCCAUGGGACACUGUUCUAGGCUCUAGAAUCAAGCAGACCUGGGCUCAAGUCUCACCCUGAAACUGACUAGUAUUAUAAUGCUGGCAGCAUUGUAUUUGGUAGGAUUAAAAGAUUGAAUGGACUCUGUGGCCAUCAGUGAACUGGUUACCUCACUUGGUAGUUGUAUCACAUCUCUUGUGCUCUCCUUCACCCUUUGCCUCACCUGUUCCUCAGUUCACUUUGGCCACUUGUUUCACCCCAGUCACCACGACUGAAACCAGUUCUGCAUGGACUCUGCUCUUUCUCACCAUGUUGAUCAGCUUCACAUGAGCAGCAGCCAGUGAUGCGUUCCUGUGUGGGGAGCUCUGGGUCUGUCUUCUCCUGUUGAGGCGUUAGGACACUGCACAGCCAAGGAGAGCUGGGAGGCUAACUCCCCAUGUAGGGGACCUUUCAUCAAUGGGAGACAGAGGCUGGUAGGUUCGUUCUCCUUCUGAAGGGACUGUUCUGAGAGGCAGUUCUUUAUAGAAGAAGUCUCUGCCUCUUUGAAGACAGUCCUGCAAGACCGAGCACCUAGUCACAAUGAAUGUCAGUACCACGCCCUCCAGUGUGUUCUUCCUGCUUCUCUGCCUCACUCCCCUUUUGCUCUUUCCUGUUUGCCUGGGACUGUGUUCCUGUGUGAAGCAGCAGCACAUAACGUCGCUGUGGGCUCAGCCUUCUGGGGAAGGCAGGGUAAGGACCCACCAUACAGACAUGUUCAGUAAUAGCAAAUUUGCAUCCUGACUCCAUGGCUUCCCUCCCAUCUACCUGCCUCACAGGCCCCUGAAUGGAUACAAUGAAGUGAUGGAGGGAACUUGCUUUUUGAACUAUAAAGUGCUUUCAAACCUGAUGAUGAUGAUGAUUAAAAUUACCUUUUUUUUUUUCCUAUUAUACUCAGAGCUAUCAAGAGUUUUGGCUGCUACUUACUAUCUAUGUGAUUUUCUUCAUGUCAUUUAACCUCACUAAAGUUCAGUAGAGCUGAGAAGAGAAGUUUCUGUGUGGCCAUCCCUGGGCUUUUUGGCAGGCCAGUUAAAUGAUAAACACAAAAGCUCUGUCAGAUGGAAGGUAUUGCUGAUGACAACCACUUUAACAGCAACAACAACUUCCUGCCUAGCAGGGACGUGUCAGGGGGAUAGGAUGUGAAGAUUUUCAAGGUGUUGAAAGAAACUAACAAGAAGAAACUUCUUGUUCCAAAGCAGCUUUGAAAGCCAAUCAAGGUGGGCUGAGAACCUGAUUCCCCAAGCUGUUGUUCCUGUCACCCCUAAUUAAUAUGUGAGAGACAACAGCUGAGUUUUCCAUGCCUAACACAUUUAUUUCCUUUUAUUUAGGGCCAGCACUUUCUGCACGUCUCAUAGAUUUUAGGUUUUACCUGGCCUUAAAAUAAAUUCCUUGUAAGUUGUCCUGCAAAUGAAAUUACUGUCUGGAAAACUGCAGUCUCAUUUUGAGAGUUUUAU